AUGUUUUUCUCAGAGAAGCUUCAGGGCAGGAAUCAGAUGAGGAAAGCGACUCACUCUGUUUCCAAAACAGAGAACAGUGUUGACGAAUCCUUCGAGGACCUUCUGUCCAAGUACAAGCAGAUUCAGUUGGAGCUGGAGUGUAUCCGUAAAGAGGAGACCAUGGCCCUGGAGCCCAAAGCCUCGCCCGCCGGAGAGGACGCCCUCGACCACACGGCCACUAUCACAGAGACCGGACCGGAGCCUGAGGCGGCUCAUAGUCUGUCAGGAGGCGAGGAGGCAUCGGAGCUGGAGAGGAAGGUGUUCCAGGCGUUCAACAUCAAACCUCUGCGUCAGAAACUGUCGGCUCCCGCUCUUCUGGACGAGCUGAAGGAGAAACAGAGCGAGGCAGACAGAGGGGGCGGGGAAGAGAAACAGGGUGAAGAGGAAGAUACGAGAAAAGAUGGAGGAGGAGCAGAACCAAGGCCUGAACCUGAGGCCGAGGAGAAGACCUGUUCGUGCUGUAACGAAGAAACCGAGGGAGACGACAAGGAUAGAUCUAAAAAGAUGUGCUCCUGCUGCAGAGAGUCUUCGGCGUCCAGCGAGGACUCUGCUGUCUCUCCUGACAAGCCUAUGGUGAAGGUGGAGGAGGAGGAGCUGUCAGAGCUGCAGCUGCGUCUCCUCGCUCUGCAGUCAGCCAGUAAGAAGUGGCAGCAGCAGGAGCAGCAGGUGAUGAAGAAGAGUAAAGACCGGAUCACUCGGGCCACUCAGGAGAAAAAAUCUGUCCCUGACUCAGGCCCUGGGGCCGCCCCUGCCAGCAGGCAGAGAGUGACCACCAGGUCAGUUUCCUCAGCCGCUGCUGCUGCCGCUGCACAGAGAAAUAGAGCUAGGUCCAAACCUCUGGACAGGGACCGAGACAGAACCAAGACCGCACCCCGACCCCCAGAGAGAGACAGACCCAAACAGAGUCCAAAACCUGGUCCUAAAGCUCCGCAGGACAGAGGCCGCACACCAGGAAAACCUCACGUGACCAAGAAGAUGAUCAGUCCAGGCUCGGUGGCAAAGCAGGCAUUCAGGAAGCAGCAGCUGAGGACAUGGAAACUGCAGCAGCAGCGACAGCAGGAGGAAAAACGACGACAGGAAGAGGACGAACGACGCAAACGAGAGGAUGAAAUCCGCAGAAUCCGCGACCUGUCCAACCAGGACGAGCAGUACAACCGCUUCAUGAAGCUGGUGGGAGGAAAGAUGAGGACGCGCAGUAAA